AUGCAGACCGCGGGCCAGAAGCGAGUUCGCGCCGGUCCAACUCCCGAGGAAGAGGACUUCCAACAACAUCGAGUCCUUCAAUCGUGGUUCCGCCUGAUGAGGCGCUUCCUCCUGGCGCUCAUGCCCCUUCAGCAGAUGCUGGAAAGGUUCAUGGAUCACAUGCUCAGUACAAAACCUCACCGGGAGGCCCUGAAGGAGAUGAUCCGGUCCUUGCCAGACGAGGAUCUCCCCAUGAUCCAGAAUGUGGCCCGCCAGGAGAUGAAUCGACGAGAGGACACCGGCCAUCGACCUCAGGCAGACGGAUACUGGUCCAACCUCAGCGAGACCAGCACUCAUCCAGCUCGUCGACCACGACCUCCUCCAGACCCAGUUCUCACCGAAAGAUGCCGGCAGAUCAACAGUCUACCAGGUAUCGAGAUGAUCUUGGAACCACGUCCAAGAUGCCAGUGUGCCCUUCAGUGCAAGAUCCAUCUCAGCGAUUCGGGUCCAACGGGACACAACUACAAGAAGCUGUACUUCCGCUGCCCCUUGGAGCAGGGACAUCAAUGCCGAUUCGUCAAGUGGUGCGACCAACAGCCUCUCUUGAGCCUGGAAAGCUGGCGUCACCGGCAACAGCCCGGCGACGAGCCUGUGAGCUACGCCCAGAUCUUGGAGGCCAUGAUUCAAACCAAAUGCCAGCACAAGGAAACCCAUCGGAAAGGUUCGAACGCCUUCCUCACCAAGGUCACCUGCAGGAUCUGCAACAAGGUCAUCAAGGUCCGAGAAGAUCGGAAAGAUGGAGGGGACCAAGUCCAAGGCCAGCACGACAUCCUCAAGCUCGGUACCACACUCUCGUCAGGGAAUCCCCUCACCAGCGACUCCUCAGACCACCUCGGACGGCACCGACCUGGAGCACCUGACCGACUAUCAGGAAUUUCAAGAAUAUCUCCGUUGGAAGAACCAACGGCAGCCUCCGAACCGGGAGGACCAAUGAAGCAGGUGACUCCGAAGCUGGAACGGAAGCUUCGUGCUGCAAUUAAGAAGGCAACGGCUUUUUGGCGAGAGCUUCAGCUGCUCCUGGCCGAUAUGCCUUUGCAGUGUUGGGCCCAGGUCUACCCGGAGAAACUCCGAGCAGCCAUCCUGAAGGCCUACAGCCAGUCCAUCAACGUCGCUCAUGUUGAAACAGUCAGCUCGGAAAGCAUGCUGGCCGAGAACCACAGGCUAAACUACAUCAUCGACACUGAGUUCAGGGCGCUGAAGAGCCUACAACCAGAAGUACCUGUUGGUCUUACAGAAUGCCAAGACCCCGAUUCUCGAGUUCCUGACGGCCCAGAUUCUCGCCUACCGGAAGUACCGGCCUACGACACCGCCGAGAUCUUCGCACAUGGAGAGGAUCAAGAAACCCAUGAACCAAACGGAUCAGGAGACCAAGAGGAUGAUCUGGAACCACCACACGAAAGGGAAGAUGAAGAAGGCGAAGCUCAGGAAGCUCCACAUCAACGAGGCAUCACUGAACGUCACGGAAAAACCUUUAAGUAUCUCCUCCAGAAGACCAUGGACACCUUCAGCUGUGCCAACAUGAAGGAGUGGGAGAAAAUGGUCGACAUCACCAUGAUGACCAAAAAUAGAAUGAUGAACGUUGGAGGUUUUAGCCCCAGCCAACGGGUGUUAGGCUUCAAUCCCUUCCUACCCGGAGGUCUUCUUAGUGGAGAUGAUGGUCACCGAGGACAACAACCAGAAGCCAAAGUCGGCGACCUCAGUGUCGAACGGGCCAUGAAGCUUCGAAAGGCUGCUGCACAUGCCUUCAUCGAAGCAGAUGCCAGUAACUCCCUCCGAAGAGCAGUAGCUUCGGGCCCCCGACCCAUCCUGGAGUAUGACAUCGGCGAGAUUGUCUACUUCUUCCGAAUGGGAGCUGACAAGAAACUGAAGUUCAAACCAUGUUACUGGCACGGGCCGGCAAGAAUCAUCAUGAUCGACCAACCUAGCACCAUGUGGUUAUCAUACCAAUCUCAACUGGUCAAAGCCAGCCCAGAGAGAAUCCGAAGAGCCUCGUUGGAAGAGAACAUGGCACUAUCUGGAUGGUUGGAAGAUCUCGUGCAGCUGAAGAAGGACAUUGUCACGGAACCGAUUCGAGGAUUCCUGGACCUGUCCGACCAGCCGCUCCCCGAGAUCUUAGACGAUGAAGCCAACAAUGAGGAGUACACUCCGACCGAACCAGAUGAAACUCCAGACCAGAACAUUCCAAUGGAACCAGCACUACUACCAGGACUACAAGAACCCAUGGGCUACCCAAGACCAUUGAAACGCUAUCGAGAAAAAGGGCCACAAGAUAAUUUGGUUGAUGAUGAUGGACAAUCUCCCCAACCAGAACCUGAUGACGAACGACCAGGAGAACCUCAACGAGAUGAAGAGGCCAAGGCUCGCCACGUCAUGAAAGGCUUCAGUGAAGAGGGGGCUGAGAACAUUGAGGCGACCACUCCACAG